GGGCGGGGCGGGGGCUGGAGAUGUCAAAGAGAUCCACUCCCUAGGCUUUUGCCACAAUAAGCGUCAUCGCCUGUCUGAUGCCACAAGGCUCUUCGUUGCUGUCAUGGACCAAAGGUUGCCAACUCCAGUGUGGGGAAACCUCUGGAGUUCUGGCAGUGAAGAGGUGCAGGGGUUGAGUUUCGAGGGGGCAGGGACCUCAGUGGGGUGUCUUCCUUUCUUCCAAGGGGGCUGAUUGCUGUAGUCCGGAGAUCACUUGUAAUUCUGGGUAGGGUUAGGCCCCACCUGGGAUCUGACAGCCCUGUUUGACAAGUGGAGAGACACUGCCUGUCCUUGCCCUGCAAGGUGGAAGAAAAGAGGCUUCCUGGAGCGAUGGGUGCUAGGGUCCAUUGUUGCUGUCCGUGCACCCUUCUUAAGUGCAGGAAGAAGAAAAGAGGGCUCUGUGCCUUAAGAAAAGAUGGGGCUGGGGGCUACUGAUGGGGGACAGCCAAGGAUUGAGGAUUUUCCUCUAUUAUAGUGGGGCAGUCUGAAAAAAGAAGGGAGGGUAACAGUUCUCAUGGCCUUGGUGCUCUGAAACAGGCCGUAUUGGAUGUGUCUUUAGGACCACAAGCCCUUUGGGGGCUUUCCAGUUUUGAGCCUGGAAGCAGGUCUUGAGCUCCUUUCCACGAUGGCUGAGCAAGGGGAGGAGACCCUGGUGUACGUGGAGCACCGCUACGUCUGCUCCGAAUGCAGCCAGCAGUUCAGCUCCUUGGAAGAAGCACUGGUCCACCAGCAGAGCCACAUGUGCCCCCAAGAGCAGCAGUACGAAGUGGUGGGGCUGGCGGAGGCCGGGCUGGUGGCAGGCGGCGAGGCUGGGCUCUAUCAGACGGUGACCGUUCAAGAAAGCCAGUACCAGUGCUUGGAAUGCAGGCAGAUCCUCCUCUCCCCGGGGCAGUUGUUGGAACACCAAGAGAUGCACCUCAAGAUGGUGACGCAGGAGCCAGAGCCGUUGGUGAAACCGAUCAGUUCCAGCCAGAUCCACUACGAGUGCAUUGAAUGCAAGGCCUUGUUCAACAGCCAAGACGUGUGGCUCGCCCACCGGCAGACUCACCGCAAGCCUCCCGAGCCCCCAGCCCCUCCUCAGAACCGAGCGCUGGUCAACCUGGAGCAUUCAUACCGUAAGCCUGAAGGUGGGGUAGAUGCCGGCGGCACCGUGCAGCUGUUGCUAUAUGAGUGCAGCGAAUGCUUCCAGCUGUUCCAGUCGACCGAAGAUUUCCUGGAGCAUCAGGCCACGCACCAAGUCAUCGCCCCGUCCCCUGCGCCACGAGCCCGGAAUCAGCCCGCUGUCUGCCCCGCGGAGAUGAAGGAACUGCCACCCCCACCGCCGUUGAGCUUGGUGGGGGUGCACAACGGGGCCAUCCCCCCGCCCGCUCCCCCCAGCGUCACAGCCACCGACCACAGCUACGAGGUGAAGAUCAGCCCCGGGGAGCAAGCCCCCCACAAAGCCAAGCCGCCGGCCAAGGAGCACGAAUGUUCCGAGUGCGAACAGGUCUUCCCCUCGGCUCACAAGCUCCAGUUGCACAUGAGGAGUCACCGGCAGGGUGCCUUCAAAUGUCCGCUCUGCAGCAAAGUGCUGCCGUCCCCCGGGGCGCUCGAGAAGCAUCGGGAGGAGCACAGCGGGGAGUCACGCUUCCUGUGUGUGGACUGCGGCCUGGGUUUUGGGACCGAGGCCGUGUUGCUGUCCCACCGGCGCUCUCACUCGUCCAACCCUCUCUACCGCUGCACUUGCGGGAAAACCUUCAUCAACAUGACCAAGUUCCUGUACCAUCGGCGCUCCCACAGUGCCAAUUCAAUGCAGUCUCCUGAAUUGCCUGAAUCUCCUCUGGAGGACCAGCCUAUGGAGGAGGAGCCGCCCGAGGCCCCCCAACCCCCCGAGGAGCAGCAGGAGGUGGUCCCUCUGGCUAUCAUCUGCUCGGUGGACAACGCCGCCACCGCCCUGGUGGACAGCAUUGCCGUGGAGCAAAAACUGGAGGAGUUUCAGUGCCAGCUGUGUAGCAGCACCUUCCCCAAGCAGGCGCAGCUGUCGCGCCAUCAGCGCUUUGCCCACAAGAUGGAGCGCCGCCACAAGUGUCUGACCUGCGGCAAGAUGUUCAAGAAGAAGUCCCACAUGCGCAACCACCUCCUGACCCACACAGGAGAGAGGCCGUAUCACUGCAAGGAGUGCGGCAAGAGCUUCAACUCCCCGGCCAACCUGCAGCGCCACCGCCUGACGCACACGGGCGAGCGCCCGUACCGCUGCGACAUCUGCCAGAAAUGCUUCACGCAGUCAUCCACUUUGCAGCAGCACCUCCUGGUGCACAGCCGCCACUACCCGUACAAAUGUCAGGAGUGCGGCAGCGUCUUCCACCGGCCCUACCGCCUGCUCAUGCACCGUUACCACCACACCGGGGAGUACCCCUACAAGUGCCAGACCUGCGGGCGUUCCUUCUUGCUCCGCCGCCUGCUGGAGGUCCACCAGUUGAGCCACACGGGCCAGCAGCCUCAUCGCUGCACGUCGGGUUGCGGCGCGGCCUUCGUCACCGCCGAGCAGCUGAAGGAGCACAAGUGCGGCAAGAUGAGCCGUCACUUCGAAUGCUCCGUCUGCGGCAAGAAGGUUGGCUCGACCGCGCAGCUGAGAGCCCAUGAACGCCUACAUGGGGACAUCCAGACUUCCGAAGGAGCGGAGGAGGAGCCCCCCAUGCUCGAGCCGCCCCCGCCCCGUCCCCGUCGCCCGGCCUGCCCCAAGACGUUUGAGUGCGGCGACUGCAAGAAGCUGUUUAGCACGGAGACGUCCCUUCAGGUUCAUCGCCGCAUUCACACCGGCGAGCGCCCUUAUCCUUGCCCAGAUUGCGGGAAGGCCUUCCGGCAGUCCACACACCUCAAAGACCACCGACGCCUGCACACGGGGGAGAAGCCCUUCAAAUGCAACGAUUGCGGCAAGGCAUUCACCAUCGCUGUACGUCUGGCUGAGCACAAGCGCAUACACACCGGGGAGCGCCCGUAUAACUGCGACGCUUGUGGCAAGGCCUACCGCUCUUUCUCCAACCUCUGGAAGCACCGCAAGAUGCAUCAGCAGCAGCGCCUGCAACACGAGCAAGAGGUCAUGGCGGAGGCCGUAGCUGCCGCCGCCGCUGCUGCCGCAGCAGCAACAUCGUCGUCAUCCACUAACGAGCAGGUCUACGGAAACACCGUGACCAUUAUGGAGACCAUCCCGGUGGUGGAGACCAUUGAAAUCUAUCCGACCGAUGGGGGGGUUCACUUUGAGAAUAUCCAGGUGGAGAACGUCCAGAUUGGGGGGGUUUGAGUUGGGCUGGGGGGAGCAAGGAAGGGCAGCUGAUCACGCUCUGCGGACUGGGAGCUGCUGUUCUCUGGCUCCCCCUUAUGGGCCUCAGGUGUAGCUGCAGCAGCUGACACCCUCUUAAUCUCUCCUCCGGCUUUUGCCUGUGUUCCCUUUCCUGCCUGCAUCCUGGCUGUAUCUGGACCGUGGGCACAUCCUUCCUUCCAGAUUGUAUAGAUGGACUGGAUGCCACUCUCUCCUCCCCUCCCCUCCCCUGCCCCCUUCAGGGCAGCAACUUGGGCACUCCAUGCCACCAUGGCCACUGCUCCUUCACCCCCUGCUGUUUGGCCAGGCCUUUCCCCAUUCAGCUGUAUGAAGCGUGGCUUUUCUUUUACGACUUGGGUUGUCCCAAAAAAAAUGCCCACUAGCAGCCUUCUCUGUGGCUGAUCCCUAUGGCAAAAAAAAUCUUCCUUUUUUUUUGUUUAUUUGUUUAUUAGAGUGCUCCUGGGAGUGCUGACUUCUCGGCCAGGGCACAGUCUGGAUUGUAAAUACCUCUUGACUGAAUUUCUCUUCCACCUUACGAGAUUCUCUCCCUGUUUGCCAACGGUCUUCGUCUCCCAGUCGUUACUCGUGGCCGGUAACAGCAUAAUUCGUUUGGUUUCUCGCUAACUGGAUUCCUUCAUACGGCCACGAGGGUUUUUUUUUUUUUGUUAUUUCGUAUUAAAAUUAAAACAGAAAUCAAAGCAC